AUGGCUAUGCCGCUAUUGCUCCCAACGAUCCCUGUGGCAGCCAGCACAAGCACAGCUGCAGCAGGUGCUGGCGUCGCAUAUCGCCCACCUGAUAUGCUCCAGCCACAGCGCAUUGAACUUCCAGGCUAUUUGAACACCCCAGCCAGGCGGCCUGAUGGAGAACCGCUUUUACGAGAGGAGCGCAACGCGUCGUUGCGGAAGAUGAAAGAUCUCGAGCUGUUGACCUUCGCCUGCCGUCGAGCUUCAAAGUUUCGGGAGGAGGGCCGUGCGCAUUUCUCCUUGGGCGUCUUGCGGGACAACCUUUGCCAAUAUCAAAAGGCCAUCGAGGCCUACACGCAGUUCCUGAGAGUCUGCAAAGAGUGCAACGAUAGCCAGGGCGCCGCUUUGGGAUAUCAUUGCAUAGCCGUCGAUUACCAGCUCCAGGGAAGCGGCCAGAGCAAAAAAGGUGACACAGAGGAGGAAGCGACGGGCCAGACUACCUCCAAGGGUGCACUGGAUAUGCUGGGGCCGCCUCCCUCCGCGAGGACGACCAGGCCUGAGCUCUUGAGGAAGGCCAUCUAUUACCACAACAGGCAUCGAGAGAUCGCUGACAGUAUCGGCAAGUUUGUGGCGCACCUCAACAUGGGGUUGGCUUAUGCACAACUUGGUGAACGUGAAGCGUCCACGGUGAACCAUCAGUAUGCAUUGAGAUAUGCCUUGCAGCUUCAUAGCUUGGAAGGUCAGAGCUUGGCCAUCGGCAGCCUGAGUUUUAGUGCAGGCAUGUACGACCACGAGCCGGACAAGAUGAAAAUCUUGGUGGAGCGCUACGUCGACUUGUGCGGAGUCCUCAAGCAAACUCGGAACCAGGCCAUUGCCCUCAAGAAGCUGGGCAUGCUGUCGAGUCAGCUUGGCCAAAACGAAGAAAGCAUCGAAUACUUUCAGCAGGCCAUUGAAUGUGCUCGAGCGCAAGGUGAUCAUGAGGCAGAGAAGGACUGCGCUGUUCGAUUGGGCAUCGCCGCUGGCCAGGCCAAGAUGGCUGAGCAUUUGAGCACGAUCCUCCAACGGUCAGUGAUAGGUGUGUGGCGUUGGGAGAUGCACAUCAUUGGAAGUAUGGUGGGCUUUUGGGUACGGCGCUCCUUCAGCGAGGUCCAGGCUCCAUCCAUGGUUGCUUUGCGUGACAAGGUGGCAGCAGGAGUCUCUUCAACACCAAAUACAGCGCAAGCGCCAGGUAUGAAGAGGACAGACUCCUACAGCGCUGGAAGCGACAGUGAACCUCCAAGCCGAGCUGGGAGCCUCUCAUCCGAUGAGGAUUUCUUGGCUCGUGCCCGCCGUCCAUAG